AUGGCGUCCUGCAGAACCGGGCGGCUUCCAAUGCCGGAUGAUCCGCUUUUUAAUCCCACAUAUAUGCCUGGACUUCGUUCAUCGGCACGUAUUGCUGGCGUUGGACUUCUCGCAGUUAUUUGGAUCAUGUAUCAAAAACUUCAACACUCGCAUCAUUAUGUCACAUAUAAGGGACCUGAUAAUCCGUUUGCUCGUAUUCGUCAUCGCCGGUACCCUGGUGGUGCAUUUGCGUUUGGUUGGGGUAACAAUGGUUUGAAUCGCGAUUGUGGUUUGAAAGAAUGGGAGUGCUGGGCGGGUUACACUGGUAAAGAGUACACUUAUUAG